AUGGCUGUUUGUGCCAGGCUCUGCGGAGUGGGUCAGUCGCGGAGGUGCCGGAGGCGACAGCGGCACAACCAGCAGGAUCAGGGCAGCGAUUCUGACAUGGACGAAGAAGAAGAGGAGCGGAUCGUGGGCCAGAGGCAAGCAGGCAACGUCGGUGUCUGCGGCGGAGGCCCAGAGAGCGGCGUCGCCACUGCAGGGCCCAGUGACGCUUGUGAAUAUGGCAGCGGUCGUGUCAACAGAGGAGGCUUUCUGGAUCGCACCAACACGGGACCUCCACACCCGCAAUCAUUAUCAGAGCUACCGCCAGAGCUUCUGGUGGAAAUAAUCUCCUUGCUUCCCGGCACAGCAUUACCAAAUGUCGCCCUCGUCUGCAAGAAAUUCAGACAAAUCCUUAACACUGAAACCAUCUGGAGGAGGCGCUGCAUUGAGGAGUUUGGCAUGCAGCAGGAUCUUAGGAAGAUGGAGGUGGGAGGAGUAUGUAGCCGGGACCUCUAUGUGAAACGAGUCAACCCACGGGUGAAGUCUGGGCGCUUUAUGAAGCUCCUUCCGGACUACGAGCACAUGGACUAUAGAGACGUGUACACACACUUGCUUCAUCCAUACAGACAUAUCUUGGGGCUAUGGCAGCCUGACAUAGGCCCUUAUGGUGGAUUGCUCAACGUUGUGGUGGAUGGCCUCUUCAUUAUUGGCUGGAUGUAUUUGCCGCCUCAUGACCCCCGUGUGGAGGAUCCAAUGAGAAGGCGGCCGCUCUUCCGCAUCCACAUGUGGGAGAGCAACAAGGCCACUGUGGAAUGUAUGUACGGACACAAGGGCCCCCACAAAGGAGACAUACAGACCGUAAAGAAGGAUGAAUUCUCAACAAAAUGUAAUCAGACUGAUCAUCACCGCAUGCCAGGAGGCAGACAGGAGGAGUUCAGGACAUGGUUGGAGGAAGAAUGGGGCCGGACGCUGGAAGAAAUCUUCCAUGAGCACAUGCAGGAGCUCAUCUUAAUGAAGUUCAUUUAUACUAGUCAAUAUGAUAACUGUUUGACAUACCGACGGAUCUACCUGCCUCCGACAAUGCCCACUGACCUGCUGCAGCCAGGCCUCUUUAAAGGAACCUAUGGCAGUCACGGUUUGGAGAUUGUCAUGUUCAGUUUCCACGGUACUUCUGCAAGAGCCACCAAGCUCACUGGAGACCCCAAUGUUCCUGCUGGGCAGCUCACUCUGGAUGUUGACCUGAGUCGGCCUUUGGUCCUUCCAGACUUGGAGCACCAGCGCAACAUAGAGGAGCUGUCACGGCUGGUAUUAGGAGUACAUGAGGAAGUGCAGAGGGAGGCUGAGCAGCAGGCCAAAGACUCUCCUGCCACAGCAAGAAGCACUGCAGAAGCGGCUUGUGACGGUGCCAGUGGAGCAGAAGACAUGGAGGCAGACCAUGGUGCCUGCUCAGACAGCUGCCAACCAGGUCCCAGCAGCAGCACCCAUCCUCCUGAAGCCCAGCCCUUCACUCUGCCCCUAGGGGUUAUGGCUCGCAAUGAAGUUUACCCUCGCACUUGCAGGAAAUGCUUCUAUGGGACAGGCCUCAUCGCUGGUCAUGGCUUUACAAGUCCAGAGCGCACCCCAGGGCUCUUUGUGCUGUUUGAUGAGGACCGCUUUGGUUUCAUCUGGCUAGAGUUGAAGUCUUUCAGUCUGUACAGCCGCCUGACGGACAACCUAGCCCACGCUCAUGCCCCAAACAUGGAGCGAUUUGAGGCAAUGCUGCGCAACAUGCAGUCCUGGACAUCCUGAUGCACCAAGCUUUAAGUCUCUUUUCUUCCCACAAUGAAAUGCAUACUAACAUGCAUUAUACACAAAUCACCUCUGACCUUCCCUUACCAUGUUACUAUCAUGCUAGCUCAUGACAUUAACUUUCCAGGUAUCUUACACGUUUCACAAACAUGGGGUUUUAUUGUCUGAUAAAGCUAGUUAUGUCACCCUGACCCAGCACACUUGCGCUCCCGUUCCCCCCUACAUGCACUUUGAAAGGCCUCCUGAGUCACCGUUUAUCACCUCACCCCAGUAUGAACUUAAACCUCUAGUGCAGCAUGAUAACGGGUCACAUGAAAGUUAUUUAUUUAUUUAUUUAUUUACCCCCCCCCCCCCCUUUACCCCCUAAUGAGAAAAGGAAUGAUAUUACAAACCACUUAAUAUGGAUCAAACUUUAUGUGCCUCUGAUUCUAAAACCAUGUCUGUACUUGGUAGUGCUUGAAGAAGAUAAAGGCGUCCAAUGUAUUCCGCUCCAUAGUAUUAUACUGAUUUCAGUGCCCAACAUGUUGAAACUGCAUGCUGCGUUUUAAUUUAGGUCUAAUCACGUCACACUCAUAACCAUUUCUGAACAUAAUGAGUUUUUAUGAUUAUUAUUAUUGCUUUAGGGACAUAAGAAUUAAAAAAAAAAAAAAGACAGCAUCUCAGGUGUAUUUCUCUUUGCCACAAAUGAGUGAAAAAUGUGACAAAACUAUUUAUGUUUUAGAAAUGUGUGAAAUCAAAUUAGUUUUAUUAAUUUGUCCAAUAGAAAUGCUGAGUGGGAAGUUUUCUAACCAUUGACAAGUAAGCAUUUGCUGUCUUAUCAAACACUGUAGCUAUCAGCCAGUUUGGGGCAGACUGAUAUGUUUUUGCUCUUUGAACUUAAGCGAUAUCUCUUUCAGUGAUAUGCUUUGGCUCAUGAUCGUGCAUCUGAUAUACUUUUAAUGUCACCUGACAUCAUAUUAUAUAAGUUGGAAAGAUGUAUUGCAAUAGAAUAAUAUAGCCUUUACAUAAGCUGGAUUUACUCAAAGUAUCAAAAUUGUACAGUUUAUGUGCUUGUAUAAUAAUGGUCUGAAACAAAAACUUCUCUUACCUUUUGAAAUGUAUUGCAUUUGUUGUUUGUUUAACUGGCUGACAUAAUGUUUGCCUGGCUUUAUACCUGCAAAGCUAUUCCCUCCAGUUUUCCAAUUUAUUUAAAUAUUGAGACCAGGCUAGCUGAACAUUAUACAAACUAACAGCUCAAAGUGCAUCUCAAAGUACCAAGUAUGUUUCUGUAUGUCUCCUUCUGGCCUGAUGGUGAUGCCCAGUAGCUUUCCUACUCCAAGUGCACUUUUCUGGGCAGUUAAGUCAAUCAUUCAAAACCACUGGCCAGCACUUUUAUAUCAGACUGCAGCUUUACUAACGUGCAAAAAAAACAAAACAACAACAACCCAAAAAUGUCUGCUUAAAGCAUCAUCAACUUAACUUUUUCAUAUUUUAUUGAUUUCUCCUGAAACCUGGGUAUAUUUCAUUUUACAUUCUCCUGUCUGUAAGCCCUCUGUAACCAGCUAGAUGAAUUAUUUGCCUUUGUAAAAAGUGUUGCUUUGUACUACUUUCAAUGCCAUAGGCCUGAUUUUGUGGAAAACAAAGUUUGACCUAUUGAACUGCUCACAUCGGACUUCAGGGAGCUUUUCAGCUUAAGCGCUCUUCUCAGUAAUAAAAAAAACAAA